AGCUGAGACAUCAGUCUACUCGAGUCAUUUAAGCAGUGCACAUCGCGUAAGCGAAUAUCAACGUAAUCAAAACAAUUUGAAACGUUUGAAUUGAGAUCAAGAGAAUUUUCAAGAUGAGUCUUGUGCCAUUGUUAUUCUCAAACUGGUGGGAGGACCUGGAUCGUCCCCACAGGCUGGUGGAUCAGGACUUUGGCCUGGGGCUGGAGCCAGAGCAACUGAUGACACCUCAGAUGCUGCAGCGCUAUUUAAUCCCACGGGAGAUGAUCAGACCCAGAUCUUCCGUCUCCUACUACAGACCCUGGGCUGAACUCUUGCGCAAACCAGAAACUGGCACCUCAACUGUCAACGCAGAUAAGAAUAAAUUCCAGGUGAUCCUUGACGUUCAGCAGUUCAAGCCCGAGGAAAUCAAUGUCAAGGUUGUCGACAAGUGCGUCGUCGUCGAGGCUAAGCACGAGGAGAAGCAGGACGAGCAUGGCUGGAUAUCACGUCAAUUUGUACGCAAAUACAUGAUCCCUGAGCAAUGUGAGAUUGAACAGGUGUCAUCCAGUCUCUCCUCGGAUGGUGUCCUCACCAUCACUGCACCUAGAAAGGAGGUACCCAAGAUUGAAGGCGAAAAGGUCAUUAAGAUCGAGCACACUGGAAAGCCUGCCAUUCGUGACACCACAACUGCCAAGAAGGAGAGCAAGGAAGAGAAGUGUGUGAAGAAAUAAAAAACUUUUGUUCACAUUUUUUUUUUACUUUUUCAUGUAUCGUCAAUUUUUUGAUAGAAUGGAGUUUCUCGACGAUCGUGCUGUCAUUUGUCAAAUUAUUCGCUUUAUGUAUCAUCUAGUUUGUAUCAAAUCAUUACCAGUUUAAUGAGCUUUAUGAUAUUCUGUAUUUUUUUAUUGUCCUGGUGAUCAAAUAAAACCAAAAAGCAGAAAUUAUAGUGAAA